CCAUGAGAGUUGUCUGGGCGCUGCUCGGGCUCGCCGCUGCGGUGACCGUUUCCGCCGACGUUCUCGCUGAUUUCCAGGUCUCCGAGCCCCCUCCGCUCCCUGUUGGCGUCCAGGAGUGCACAAUCACUGUCCUUCAACGAGACUUUGCGAAUAGCUACGGCGAUGCGGAGGUAGUUCAACUUGAGCCUCCAACGGAAUGCGGAGAUCCAGGUUCAUGGUCGGCGGUCUCUUUGAACCUCACCGUGACCUCGAACGGUACGCAGUACGAUCGCCUUGGUAUUUUCACCUUUCAGAAUGUCGAAAUUUGGCGCACCUCGACACCCGAGCCUACUCGCGGCGACGGCAUAAUCUGGACUUAUAUCAAGGACGUCACCCAGUAUAUUCCGCUCUUUGCCAAGCCUGGCACCUUCAUCUUGCAGCUGGACAAUAUCAUUCAGGACAACCUGGACGGCGUUUACUCGACUACAGUGACCGCCACUUACUACGCCGCGACGGGCGAGUACCCUACCGCGAAGCAAGCCGAUACAAUUCUACCUAUCAGCACCGGCGCUAACGAUACCGGUAACGACGCAUCUGUACCACCUGGGUUUUCUACAAACGUAACCAUCCCCGUUAACACCAUCAAGCUCUUCGCCGAGAUCUUUGCCUCUGGAAAUGGCCAGGAGGAAUUCUGGUACGGCAACAUCCCCAAUGCCUACCUCUCCUCCCUCCCCGACGGCCUCACCUACGGACAAGGCCCCUUCCGCGAAGUCCGCCUCCUCAUCGAUGGUAGGGUCGCCGGCGUUGCCUUUCCCUUCCCCGUCAUCUUCACCGGUGGCUUCAGCCCACCCGCCUGGCGCCCCAUAAACGCCAUCAACGCUCUCGACCUCCCGCGCUACGCCAUCGACGUCACGCCGUUCGUGCCGCUCCUGACCGAUGGUGAACCGCAUAAUUAUACGCUGGACGUAGCGUCGGCGGAAGAGGACCAUGCAAUUCUGGGGAAUUGGUAUGUGUCGGGGCUGUUGCAGGUGGUAACAGGGAACUCGGAGGGGAGGACGACGGGGAAUAUGACGGUGUAUGAGGUGGGGGAGUAUGCGGAGACGGAUACGACGGGUGGGAAUACCACCGAAGGUGCAUUCGAGGUGGAGGUGGAUGCGAAGCGGAGUGUGCACAUUGAGAGUGUGUUAGUGGAUGGGGAUGGGGAAGAGACGACCGUGGUGUGGGCGCAGGACUUGGGCUACACCAGCAAGCAGACCUUCUCGGCGGACUACCUGGUGCAGCUCAUCGACCAGAGCACAACCGGCACAAUUACCUCGACGCAUAACGGAGACACUGUGGUCUCGGAUGAGUUCUCGUACCCCUUGGCCAUCAACUACACGUACGGGUCUGCGAAUUACGACAACUGGACCUUCAUCAUCGACCACAGCUACAAUCGCGCAGGUGCCCUCCAUCCAUUCAUUCUUGAGACCACCAUCGAGUCGCAGCAGUCGUCUGACUCGUUCUUCCAAACUUCGUCCUCCGGCAACUACGGCAACGCGUCGACGAACAACACUUUCAGCUACAGCGACGUCGCCGGUAAUACGUACACCCGCCGUGUCAACGUCGCGAGCAACCAGAUCAUCUUCGACGAAGAGGGCGGUAGUCUUGCUGGGAAAGAGGUCCGGCCAGAUGCAUUGACGGUCCAAGGGGAUGCGGGGUUCGAUUUCGCUGGCGCGAGGAAGUUGGGAGGGGAAAAGUGACACCACUGUUCUUGCAGUUCUUUCCUUUCCAUUGCCAGUGCGCUUCUGCCACAUAAAUAACCCAAUGAGAUAGCGGUAGUACAGUGACAUACAAUGGCCGUAUGUACUAUGCCACCUCCGUACAGAUGUACUGACUUUACCCUCAUUUGGACAUCGACCUUGAAUCUGCCUAAUUGGCCGGAAUGUGAAGGCUUCGGAACCAAGCAAUUCACGACCGCUUAGCGCUUAGCACGCCUGGAACUUGUAGGCGGACUUGCUAGGG